AACUCCUCACCCUCAUCAAUUGCAUAUCACAAGCUAAACAAAUGGCUCCAAAAGUUGCAUUGUCUUGUCUUGUUUUUCUGCUCUCACUCGCCAGCUUCGUUGCAAUCGCUUUAUCUGUUCAGUGCCAGUACGUAGUGAGAGUGAAGACAGGAGAUCGCGAUGAUGCAGGAACGGACUCCACCAUCAGCCUCAAGUUGACUGACUCUUCCGGCAAUGGCUUUACUGUCAAUAACCUCGAAGAUUGGGGAAUCAUGGAACCUGGUCAUGACUACUUCGAGCGAGGCAACCUCGACAUCUUCAGUGGCUCGGCACCUUGCGUCAGCGUUUGUGCCAUCACCGUGACCUCCAACGGGGAAGGAAACAAGCCAGGGUGGUACUUGGAUUACGUGGAAGUCACCGCCAAUGGGCACAAGACAACAUUCCCGGUGAGCCAGUGGCUAGCUCUGGAUGAAUCUCCCCAUCAUCUCUAUGCCACGGUGAACUCAUGCUUCGGCAAGCUUAUCAAGAUGCCUUCAGAUCAUCAAGAUUCUUGAGAUCGAGGCCCAGUCCCUUUAUGCGACCAUAUGCUUCAUAAGCAAAUCUUCGUAAUAUCUAUCUCGCUUUCUGUGUUGUGUGAUGUAAUGUAUGAGUGUCAUGUGUCCCUAUAUUUCAAUAACUAGAUUCAACCUCCGUGCCCUGCACGCGAGCUUGAUUUCUAUAUUUAUAAGAA